GUAUGAGAAAACAGAUUAGCACGUUUAUGGGCAAAACGUCAGUUUGACAAAUUCAAAUGGUUCUCCAGAGAAUGUCUAUAUAAUGGAAAUUAUAUUUUUCCCUUUGAACUUGGAAUACAGGAACGAUUGAGACAUACUCGUUGACAUACCAGUUUUAUGUUUGCAAGGCUGUAAGAUAUGAUAAUUGACGUGGCAGACGUCUACUUUAUAGUGGUCUACUGCAACAUACAGUACAGUAUCCUGGAUCCCUGCUGCUUUAUACAAGCCCCGGUGUGUGGAGUGUGCUUGGAGGGGCUCGAGAUGAAACGCUCAACUUUGUUUGCUCUGGCCAUCACUUUAAUCACGACAGUUUUCGCCACGAAAUCCCCGUACCAAGCCGUUCUUCAGCACAGCAGAAUAAGAGGAAGACCUCAUGGCCCAAAUGUUUGUGCUAUGCAGAAGAUUCGAGGCACGGAUAAGAAGUACUUCACCAACUGCAAGCAAUGGUAUCACCGCAAAAUAUGUGGCAAACCAACGGUGAUCAGCUACGAGUGCUGCCCUGGCUAUGAGAAGGUUAUUGGAGAAAAGGGUUGUCCAGCAGCUUUACCUUUGGUGAACAUCUAUAAAACCCUGGGUAUGGUUGGAGCCACUACUACUAAGAUGUACUCAGAGAGAGCUAAUUUACAGGAGGAGAUUGAAGGACCUGGCAGCUUCACAUUCUUUGCCCCCAGCAAUGAGGCUUGGGCUGCACUGCCUGCUGAAAUUCUGGAUGCCCUGGUGAGCAAUGUCAACAUUGAACUCCUCAAUGCUCUGCACUACCACAUGAUCAACAAACGAUUGACUUCUGAUGACCUUAAGCAUGGCGCUGCCUUUCCCUCCAUGUAUCAAGACUUUGAUGUUCAUAUCCACCAUUAUUCUAAUGGAAUUGUGACAGUGAAUUGUGCAAGGCUGGUGAAAACAGACCAGCAUGCUACCAAUGGUAUCGUGCAUGUCGUUGACAGAGUAAUCACUGCCAUUACAAACAACGUCAACUCUUUUAUUGACACUAAUGAUGACCUGGAAACUCUACGGACUGCAGUAGCUGCUGCUGGUCUUACCACUAUGUUGGAGAAUGAGGGCUCCUACACAAUCUUUGCUCCAACCAAUGAAGCCUUUGAGAAGAUUCCUCCAGAAACACUGAACAGAAUUUUGGGAGACCCUGUUGCUCUUAAAGAUCUGCUGAAUUACCACAUUCUUAAGAACCUGCACUGCUCUGAGUCCAUUGUGGCCGGAACACCUCUGGAGACCUUACAGGGCACCGUGCUGGAAGUUGGCUGUGAUGGUGAAGAAAUGACCAUCAAUGGUAAAGCAAUCAUCAAGGAAAAAGAUAAACUUGGAACCAAUGGAGUUGUUCACUUCAUCAAUGAACUUCUCAUCCCUGACUCAGCCAAGACCCUCCUGGAGCUUGCAGAGGGAUCAGUUGUUACUACAGCCACAAAACUUUUUAUUGAUGCUGGUCUCAGGGAUCAUCUCACUGGUUCUGAGGCUGUGACUUUGUUAGGCCCCCUAAAUGAUGCUUUCAAAGAUAAGAGCAUGACCAUGACAACUGAAAUGAAGAAACUGCUAAGGAACCACAUUCUGAAGGGAAAGCUUUCCUCCAAAAGCCUUUACCAUGGACAGGAGUUGGAGACACUUGGUGGAUUGAAACUUAGAGUGUUUGUGUACAGAAAUAACCUGUGCAUUGAAAAUGCCUGUAUUGCUGCCCAUGACAAAAAUGGACGCUUUGCAACAAUGUUCAUCGUUGAUAAGCUUCUGACGCCCCCCAUGGGAACUGUUAUGGAUGUCCUGAAGGCAGAUAAUCGGUUCAGCACCUUGGUUGGCGCCAUUCAGAGAGCAGGCCUGACAGAGCUCUUGAACAAAAAAGGAACCUACACCUUCUUUGCUCCCACUAAUGAUGCUUUCAGUGCAAUGCCCACCGCCGACCGCACCAAACUCAUGAGAGAUCCUAAGGAGCUGGCCAGUGUUCUGAAAUACCACAUUGGUGACGAGUUUCUGGUCAGCGGUGCAGUUACUUCACAUACCAGGAUCAAGCCCCUUGCAGGAGAGAAACUGGAGUUAGGCAUGCGCAACUCCACCAUUUUCGUGAACAGGGUGCCUGUCGUCGAGGGUGAUAUGAUGGCCACUAAUGGAGUUGUACAUGCUGUUGAUGUCAUCAUAAAGCCGCUGCCUCCUAAAACUGUGAGUGACCAGGCUGAAGGGUCUUUGACAAUCAGGCGCACCUCUGCUGUUAGGGCUGGCUCUGAGAUUAUGAAAAAUGAUGAUCUAUUUCAGAAGGUUCUGAGAAGUCAGAGCAGCAGAACAAUGUCUCGAAUCCAGUAAAUGUAGUUCUGUGGAGUAAAACUGUAGUUCAUUUUGCGCUCCACCACUUUAAGAGGAUGAAAACAUACAGUUCAUUAUCUUAUUUUGAGCAGUGGAGAAAUAAUUAGAAGACUAAGGAAAUCCAGUAAAAAAAUUAAUGCUCAAGAUGGAACCAAUAAACAUUUCAGAAUUUUGCAGAAGUUUGCAGCUUUUUCAAAUGACAAAGGCCUACAUUUGGAAUAAUGACAGCAGUUUUUUAUGGCACUUCAUAUUUUUGGAAUACUCAUUCGACAAGGUUUUGGAAUUAACAGUGCAUUAACGUUUUGGGGGUUUUUUUGUUACAUUUUUUGCUUUACAUUUUUUUUUAUUUUUAUUUUUUAUUUGAUAUACCUGUAGCAUGUUUUGCAUGGUUUAAGCUGGAAAAAAUGCUAUUUGGCCACAUAACAAAUGCAGAUCAAGUUUAUGUCUUCAGUUCCGUUGGUCAAAAAUGACUUUUUUUACAUACUGUACCAAAACAUUUGUGUGAAACCAAAGAUCCCGAUCUGCACAUUUCAUAAUAAAAUGGCCAUAUUUUUGACACAGAAUUAUAGUGUACAUACACUACUGAUCAAAAGUUUUGAAACACUUGACUGAAAUGUUUCUCAUGAUCUUAAAAAUCUUUUGAUCUGAAGGCGUAUGCUUAAAUGUUUGAAAUUAGUUUUGUAGACAAAAAUAUAAUUGUGCCACCAUAUUGAUUUAUUUCAUUAUAAAACUAAAAUUUAAUUUAAAAAAAACUUUUUUGAAAUUGAUGACUUGGACCAAAUAAUAAAGAAAAGCAGCCAAUAAGUGCCCAACAUAGAUGGGAACUCCUUUAAUACUGUUUAAAAAUCAUCCCAGGGUGAUACAUCAAGAAGUUGGUUGAGAAAAUGUCAAGAGUACAUGUCUGCAAAUUCUAGGCAAAGGGUGACUACUUUGAAGAUGCUAAAAUACACAGUUUUGAUUUAUUUUGGAUUUUGUUUGGUCACAACAUAAUUCCCAUAGUUCCAUUUAUGUUAUUCCAUAGUUUUGAUGACUUUACUAUUAUUCUAAAAUGUGAAGGAAAAAAAAAAUAUAAUAAAGAAUAAGUGUUUCAAAACUUUUGAACGGUAGUGUAUAACUAAUUAGUGCCCUUGAACAUAGUUUGCUGAUGUUGCAGUGUGGUGGAUUGUCAUAAUGUGGUCAUUAAUGUGUGGCAAUUAAAAGUCUCACCCUGAUGAUAAUUUAAAA